AUGGCAGGUCAAGCUAUUCCUGUUCAGGUUUACGGUGGACUUGCGAGUAAAAAUAUACAACGCUCGUCUACUAUACAGUCACCACCACCACCACCACCACCUAACGAUUUAAUUGACACCACGAACUUCGUUAUAGACUUCGCUGCACGGAAGUCCAUCAACAUAGGACUCGAUCCGUGGGACGUAUUCAACGUAUCCGUACAGAUAAUAACACCAUCGCGUUAUGUAAGCAUAACAAGUGACUUUUUGAGGUGUAUUUACUCAUUGAUGGGAUAUAUUCUCUCAAUUAUAUCUGACCCACCUGUUAAAAGUCGAGAGAGACUUUUCCUCAAAGACGAAAUUAACACGCUGUCCAAAACUACUUAUCGUGGCGAAAAUAUGCUCGUAAUCGAGUCACAUCUCCGUCAAGGAUGUCGCGUGCUUUUGAACAGGCAAAAUCUACUAAGGCUUCAAGAUAUACAAUGGGCAAUCGACGAAUCGAUCGCACGAAAAUCUAAUGUCGUACGAUGUACAGUAAUGGAGCAAACUGACCUAAUUGCGUCAUAUUUAAGUAUGAACGUUUAUGUGGAAAAAUCUGCGUGCGUUGAAGAAAUGAUUGCUGCCACCCGAAAUAUUCAUAACAAUUUACACACAAUGAAUAUAAUACCGGAGAGUCAAUGCAGUUUCAUUAACCAGAUUAAAUUGUUCGCCAACAAACAAUUAGCAUUGUGUUGGUCGGCGAACGUUCAGGCUAGCAGCGCGAAAAAAUGCCGGUCCCGUUAUAAGAUGAAACACAUGUGCAUUAUAAUACUUUUCUGUACUAUCUGUAUUUAG